GUCACGUGGCCGGAUGUAUUUCGUUGGAGAUACAGGAAGCGUUACCGCAGGGAGAGUGAGCGAGCAAGGGAGGUGGAGUGGGGCGCUUGAAUGAAACGGGCAGGCCGUGAAAACACUGCCAUCUCUCAAAUCAGGACCGCACUGGCCACGGCUGGGAUGUGGGUGGCAUCAUGAGCGUGAAAGCUUUUGAGCUGGUUCCCGCCGUGGAGCGGGAGCAAGUGAUGGGUGAAAAGGUGCGGAUAAUCAUCGAAUGCAUAGAGUGCUGCGGCAAACACCUGUACCUUGGCACCAGUGACUGCUUCAUCCAUCACUUCCUACUAGAGGAACACACUACAGCCAAAGGUAAGCUGGCCUACAGUGCCCAGAAGCUCCUCCACAAAUACCUGGGCCUGAAGAAGCCAGUGGCUGAGCUGAAGGCUGCCUCUGCGUUGGAGCGUCUAAUUGUCCUCUGUGACUCAUGCAUUAUUGUUGUGGACAUGGUUACUCUGGAGCCUGUGCCCACUGGUGGCACAAAGCUCAAAGGUGUGACUGCGUUUUGUAUCAAUGAGAAUCCAGUGACAGGGGAUGCGUUCUGUGUGGAAAUGGCAGUGGUUUUGGCACGCAGACGGGCUGUCCAGAUCUGUACAGUCCAUGAGGACCGAGUGCAGAUGAUAAAGGAAGUAACCACACCAGAGCAGCCCUGUGCUCUGAGCCUGGAUGGAUUCAAUAUCUGUCUUGCCCUGUCCACACAGUAUAUGAUUCUCAACUACAACACAGGAGCCUCUCAGGACCUGUUCCCUUAUGACUGUGAAGAAAGGAAACCCAUUGUGAAGAGGAUUGGCCGGGAAGAGUUUCUCCUGGCUGCUCCAGGCGGGCUCGGGAUGUUUGCUAACGCGGAGGGCAUAUCUCAGCGUGCUCCGGUGAGCUGGUCAGAGAGCGUGAUUGCGGCGGCUGUGUGUUUCCCGUAUGUGGUCGCUCUGGAUGAAGGCUUUGUGACCGUUCACAGCAUGUUGGACCAGCAGCUCAAACAGACGCUAUCUUUCAGAGAUGGACACCUUUUACAGGAUUUUGAAGGUAAGGUGGUCUUAGCCUCUUCAAAAGCAGUGUAUAUACUGGUUCCUCUACCUCUGGAGCGUCAGAUCCAAGACCUGUUGGCAAACCAUCGAGUCGAAGAGGCCCUGACCCUCACCGAGGCGGCACAGAGAAACAUUCCCAAAGAAAAAUAUCAGAUAUUGCACAAAAGAAUUCUCCAACAAGCAGGAUUCAUCCAGUUUGGCCAGCUACAGUUCUUAGAAGCAAAAGAGCUUUUUAGGAAAGGACAGCUUGAUGUACGGGAGCUGAUCUCUCUUUAUCCACUGCUCCUUCCCGCCUCUUCCUCUUUCACCCGUUGCCAUCCACCGCUUCAUGAAUUUGCUGACUUGAACCACCUGACGCAAGGAGACCAGGAGAAGGUACAACGCUUCAAACGUUUCCUCAUUAGCUACCUGCACGAGGUGCGUAGCAGCGACAGUGCUAAUGGUUUCCGUGAAGAUGUAGAUACUGCAUUGCUGAAGCUCUACGCAGAGACCGGCCACGAGAGUCUCCUUGACUUGCUGGCUUCCGAUAAUGCCUGUGUCUUGUCAGACAGCGCCCCCUGGCUGGAGAAGCAUCACAAGUAUUUUGCUCUUGGGCUUCUGUAUCACUACAAUGGUCAAGAUUCUGCUGCUUUACAGAUGUGGAUAAAGAUUGUCAAUGGCGAUCUCCAGGACUCAACGCGACCAGAUCUGUUUGAAUAUGUUGUGGAUUUUCUUAGUUUUUGCUCCAACCUUGAUCUUGUGUGGCGGCAUGCAGACUGGGCACUACAGAAGGAUCAAAAGGUUGGUGUGCAGAUCUUCACCAAAAGGUUUACCUCGGAGGAGAAGACGGGCCAGUUAAACCCAGAUGACGUGAUCACGUAUUUGCAGAAGCACAAUCAAGCCCUUCUGCUCUACCUGGAACACCUUGUUCUAGAGAAGAGAUUGCAGAAAGAGAAGUGUCACACACAUCUAGCUGUGCUGUAUGCAGACAGAGUGCUGGGCCUGAUCUCACGACCUUCAGCCACUGAGGACCAGCUCUCUGCUGCCCGCCAGAAACUACAACGGUUACUGAAAGAGUCUAAUCUGUACAGGGUCCAGUUACUACUAGGUAAAGUUCAGGACUCGGAGCUGCUGCUGCUUGAGCGAGCUACUCUACAUGGGAAGUUAGAGGAACAUGACAAGGCCUUGCACAUUCUAGUGCACCAGCUGAAAGACUCUGCUGCAGCUGAGGAAUAUUGCUCUUGGGCCUCUGCGUCUCAUGACCAGUUCUACCGUCAGAACCUUUUCCAUCAACUUUUGAGUGUUUACUUGGACCCGGAUGUACCAGGAGGGGCACAAACAGUAGCUGCCGCUGACUUGCUUAACCAGAACGCUGACAUUUUUGAUGCAGUGCGUGUGUUAAAGCUCCUUCCAGAGGAGUGGUCUCUAACAUUACUCCGUCCUUUCCUGUGCGGGGCGCUGAGGGCCAGUGUGCAUGCACGGUGCACUUCCCAGAUUGCAGUGGGGCUGGCCAGAGCACAAAAUCUCCAGCUUCAGCAUGACAGGCUCAAGUAUCGAGGUGGCCCAAUAUUAGUGUCUGAAAAGAAAGGAUGCCAGCUGUGCCACAAUACCUUUAGCGAGCCAGACUGCGCCUGUUUGCCUGGCGGAACACCUGUCCACAUUCACUGUGUCGCCAAGAAAACCCUGAACUUACCAGUAGAGCGGCAACACGAAAAUGCCCACCGCAGCAACCACACAUGAAGCUGAUGAGUGCCAUGGAGCAGUGGAGACAUGCUGGCAUCGUACCUGUACCGCACACACAGGGAGAAGGCUGAGUGCAUAGAACAGCCAUUCAGAGCCCUUGGUGCGACCAGGACCUGCAAAUGAGUGUGUGGAUGUCUGAUUACUAUUUAUUCCAUAAUCCCUCUGUGGGCACACACAACGCUGACAAUGAAUAUGAGAAUAUUUUAAUGAACGUCAAACAAAAACUCUAAAGAAAACCUGACAACGUCUUUUUGGUCAGUUGAUCUUUUUAGCAUUGCCUUAUAAUGAAUGACUGGUCCAGUGGCUUUUUAAAUGGAUUGUGUCAAUAAUAACUAUUGCUUGCAUACUGUUUGGGGUCUGGAUGCUAGUGUCUUGACUGUCUGUUCUCUGUGAGCAGAAUUCUCCAAAAUGAGUGUACUGUAUGUAAUUAAGCUGGUCACUAGGUUUCAUUAAACAAACAAAACACCAAAGUUACCUGCUCUGUUCUCAGAGAGUGACAAGUUCUAGCCUUAAUUGAUUACGUCAUGAUUCAUUUAAUAUAAGGGAGCAAUGCUCAAAGACAUAUUUUUCAUAAUUUCAUUAGGAGUAUGGUUUGUGGUCAAAGAUAUUUCAAACCAUUUAAUAGCGAUACAUUUAUAGUCUGAUCUGGAAAAACUUCAAAGUUACAUCAUAGUGUUAUGUAAGAUUCUCCAAUGAAAGUCUGAUUAAUGAGCACAACCCAAGAAAGAUAUUCUUGUUCGCCUCUCUCCUUUCCACGUCAGGUUAACUUGCCUUGAUAUUUGCAUUUUAAAGUCAAGUUUAAGUGAAAUUGUGGUCAUAUCAAAACAAACCAAUGGACUCAGGCUGUGCUGUUUUUGUGUAUAACUAAAUGCUAAAGUGUAUAUAUUACAUCCAACUGUUUGUUUCUCAUAUGCAUGUGUGGUGAUAUGGAUAUGAGUGCUCAUGUCUUAAGAAUGCUAAGCUGUGAUUUUAAUGAUAUAUAUAAUUUUAACAUGCUAAAUUACAUGUCAUGUUUUGGGACGCACGGUAGCAAACAGCCGCUGGAGGUUUUGCCUGAUUUAUAACCUCAUCUCUUAAUAAGCAGGCUGUUUGAAAAUAAACGUGUAAAAUGACUUCGGUUAUGACAAGGGAAAGGCAGGGUGACUAGUUGCCUUGAGGUAUUUUACAUAAACGGUUUAACAAGUACUGCCCUGGUAACUGUGUACAAGGAUUAUGGUAAAUAAUAUGUAUUUUUUACAUUUGUCCCACUGUUAAAUACAUAAAUUACUUUGGGUAUUGUACACAAUGCCUGUGUAGUAAAGUGUAUGUGCGCUACUGGGUCUUUGCUUUGGUUUGCUGAUGCCUUUUUCCUGAAAAAAAAAAAAAAGAUCCAUUCGUCGUGUGCAACAAAACGUUCCUCCGCUUUACUGUCUAAAGAAGAGACUGUAAACUUUUUCAGCUUGAGCAGUUAUAAAUGGAAAUCCUCUGUUGCUACAUAUCUUUAUAUCCACAAAGUAUUUUAUACAUAAAAAAAAUACAUAGAUACUGAUGUGUAUAUACUGUAUUAUUAACUAUUUGUUGCUUUGUAAAUCGAUGCCAGUGUGGGUGGAAUGUACAGAAUGUAAGACGUCCAUUUUAAUUAAUAAAACUAUGCCUACAUGAAUGGAAA